GAAUGACGCUCUCGAUCGAGACAGAGAAGAGCCGCUCAGUUGGGCGCCGAAUGAAGGACUCUGAUGGUCAUACUCACCUUGGAGGGCAUCGAGCGGUGUCGACAAAGGGGGGUUCUCACCCAGUUGGGCGCCGCAGGAAGCUCUCGAUCGAGACAGAGAAGAGCCGCUCAGUUGGGCGCCGAAAGAAGGACUCUGAUGGUCAUACUCACCUUGACUGGUAUCGAGCGGUAUCGACGAAGGGGGGUUCUUGCCCGGUUGAGCUCCGAAUGACGCUCUCGAUCGAGACAAGGGACGAGGAAGCUGGCCCGGUUGGCCUCCGAAUGAAGGACUCUGUCGGUCAUACUCACCUUGGAGGGCAUCGAGCGGUAUCGACAAAGGGGGGUUCUCAUCCAGUUGGGCGCCGAAUGAAGGACUCUGAUGGUCAUACUCACCUUGAAUGGUAUCGAGCGGUAUCGACGAAAGGGGGUUCUUGCCCGGUUGAGCUCCGAAUGAAGCUCUCGAUUGAGACGGAGGCCCCUCUGACGGAUGGUCUUCGAACCAGAUGAGGCCAUGGACCAGCUUUCCACGGGCGGCGCGGACGAUGAUGGAAAUGGCCUCGGUGGAAGCUCCUGCAGAAGACUGAAAAGCAAAAAAUCCAUCGUCAUGGUGAAUGAUAUUGCCAGAGUCGGCCGAUGGGUUAGUGAUUCGGACAGGAGGGUGCCUGCUGGGGUCAAAAUCAACGCGGAGCUUACCUAGAGAAGGCUCUUGCGAACCGCGGUAUCCUCGAGAGGAACUGUCGCCGCGAGAGUGUCUCGACAUGGCGACGGGCGAUGGGCGAUGGGUGAUUGUCGUUAUGAAGAUGGAAGGGAAAAGUGUAAAGGAAAAAGUGUGGAAGUUGAGGGAUGGAUUGAGGGAUGGGUUGUGGGGUGGAAAAGAGGAAGAGUUGGGAGGGAAAUAUUUUUCCAAGUAAGUUUACCUUGGGCUUGGAAAAUCCGACUGCCC